CACUCAGCAAAUCACUUGUACUCAUGGCAGAUCAUCAGAGGCAGAGGAUCCACCCAAUGGAGGUAGGAGCACCACCCCCUCCAACAACCCCAUUGGUGCCUCCAGGUUCUUCAAGAUCAGAAAAGGGUAACCCUUUACACCAUCCUCCCCUACUACAUGCUAUGCCAGCAAUAUACCCUACACCAAAAAAAAGAAGCUGCUUUUGUAGGUGCAUAUGUUGGACUCUAUGCUUGCUUGUGCUGGUGCUCAUUAUCUUAGCAGCAAGUAUUGGAAUCCUUUACCUAGUCUUCAAACCAAAACUUCCCAAUUAUUCAGUUGACACCCUGAGGAUAAGUGAUCUAAGGCUAAACUUUGACUUAAGUUUGUAUGCAAGAUUUGAUGUGGAGAUCACAGCAAACAACCCAAACAAGAAGAUUGGUAUUUACUAUGAGAAAGGUGGAAUGUUGAGUGUGUGGUACACAAACACAAGGCUUUGUGAAGGUUCACUACCCAAGUUCUAUCAGGGUCAUCAGAACAAAACAAUGCUCAAUGUGUCCUUGACUGGUCAAGUGCAAUCUGGAAGCACCUUGAUGAAUGCACUCCAACAACAGCAGCAGACAGGACGCAUUCCAUUGAAUCUCAAAGUGCAUGCACCAAUAGCCAUCAAACUGGGGAGGUUGAAGCUGAGGAAGGUGAAAGUCUUAGGCGAAUGCAUGUUGGUGGUUGAUAGCUUAUCAUCUAAUAAUCUGAUAAGCAUUAAGACUAGCAACUGCAAAUUCAGGAUGAAACCUUAA